GCAAGCAAUGAGGUAAUCCCUAGCAGCCGCGUGAAGUGCAGCAAGUGCGGUGAGAGGAGCAAGAACAGCAGCCGGCGUGAUGUCAGGCAGGAGCCGUGAGACGCGCUGACUCUUCUCACUUUUCUCGUUUUAUCCGCGCUCUCCUCUAGCUUGGUGUGGUUAGCUUUUUGGGGGGUUUUUUUGGUGGGGGGGGGGGGGUUGUAUGUAGUCAGAGGGUCACUAUGUGGAGGGGUUUUUAGGCUAGGCAAAGCAGGGGUGGGACAGGCUUAGCCCAGGGGCUUGGGGGGCUUAUAUUGGACACCCCCCACCCCACCCGGGUGGGGUGAAGAGACAGUCGAGGCAAAAAAAAAAAGAGACGAGGACGUGAGAAGGGAAAAGUGUUGGUUGCCCACCAUGACGGAAAGGUGCAGUCUGUGGAGCGCCUUGUCGGCUGCGGCGUGCUGCUUCUACCGAGGAUCUUUCAUGCAGGUGCAGUUCUCCAAGGAGAAGUACCUGCUGGAGUCUCCUCCCGAGAAGCUGCGGAAGGAGCUGGAGGAGGAGCUGAAGCUGAGUCCGGCUGACAUCAGGAGCCAUGGCUGGUAUCAUGGACACAUACCCCGAGAGGUGUCGGAGACUCUUGUGCAGCAUCACGGAGACUUCCUAGUGCGUGACUCCCUGAUCAACGUGAGUGACUACGUGCUGACCUGUCGGUGGGAUAAUGAAGCGCUGCAUUUCAAGAUCAGCAAAGUCCUGGUCAAAUCCAGUGACACCAAGGUGCAGUACGUGCUGGAGUCGGAAAGCUUCGACUCGGUCCCGGAGCUGGUGCGCUUCUACGCAAGUCAACGCAAAGCCAUCUCGCAGUCCGGCGGUGUCCAUAUCUACUGUCCGGUGAGCCGGACCCUCCCGCUGCGCUACCUGGAGGCCACCUUCGCCCUAUCCGGCGGCAAGCACGGUUGCGCCUACUCGCCGUCCAAUCAGAGGGGAGCGUACAUCAAGAGGCGGAGCGUUACCAUGAUGGAUGGGCUCACCACAGAGAAGAUGAUGCCUCAUAGCGACUCAGACAGCCCAAGUCCAGUUGAGACACCAGCGGCACCGCCGGAACCUCUGCCGCAACCUGUGCCCAAAUGCAGCCCUUCCACCAUCCACCACCACAAAGACGCGAUGAGGAACUGUGCGAUGAGCAUGGACCAGAUUCAAGAGUACCGCUGCCCCUUGUCGCCCGUGGGGGAGACGCCCAUGUCCCCCGCGUACUGUGCGAUCACCAGACAGAGAGCCCACUCAGGUGGGCGAGUCCUGGCGGUGGUGCCCCCUUCCCCCAUCGCGCGGCGUUCCAGCGACCCUCAGCUCAGCCCGUCUUCCAGCAACAACCCCCCGGAACAUCCCGCCAACAUCUCUCACUCGGCUCAUUCCUCGCCGGCUCAUCGUCCCGCUUUCCAGUCGCACUCCUCCGAAACGGCGGGCAGCUACUGCGACCUCAGACCUUGCCCAUCCGGACCCCCCAAACCUCCUACUAAGACCUACGUGGAGCGUUUGCGGGUGGAGGAGGAGAGGAACGAGGGUGUGAGGGAGGAAGGAGACGGGAUGUGUAGCGCUCCUCGGGUGGAGACCGCUUCCUUGUUCCGGCCAUCCAGGUUUGAGUCUUGCAUCAUGCCGGCUGACAACAAACCUCUGGAGAUGUCCGUGCUGAAGAGAGUGAAAGAGCUGCUGGCUGAAGUGGAUGCAAGGACGGCGGCAAAGCACAUCACCUUAGUCGACUGCACGAUUGCAAGAAUACUAGGUGUCAAGUCAGAGAUGCAAAGGAUGAUGGGAGUGUCCUCGGGCUUGGAGUUACUCACGCUACCUCACGGACACCAGCUGAGACUUGACCUGCUGGAGAGGUUCUACACCAUGUCCAUCAUGACGGCCGUGGACCUGCUGGGCUGCACGGGAAGCACGGAGGAGCGGGCGGCCCUGCUCCAUAAGACCAUCCAGUUGGCGGCCGAGCUGAAGAGCAACCUGGGUAACAUGUUUGGCUUUGCCGCAGUGAUGAGGGCGUUGGAACUGCCGCAGAUUUCCCGUUUGGAGCAAACGUGGGUGACGUUACGGCAGAGACAUACAGAAGGCGCCAUCCUGUAUGAGAAGAAGCUCAAACCUUUCCUGAAGAAUUUGAAUGACGGCAAAGAGUCCAGCGCGGUAUCCAACACCACCUUUCCUCACAUCCUCCCCGUCCUGUCAUUGCUGGAGCGAGGCCUGGCGCUCGGGGAGGUGCUGGAGCCAUGGGAGAGCGCAGAAGUGGGCGUGGACGUGGUCAUGCACCACCUAGAGGCAGCCCGCACCGUCGCGCAUCACGGGGCGAUCUACAGGAGAAACGUCGAGAGCAAAUUGCAGGGGUUCCAGGUACAGGUCGACAUCCUUGAGAUUUUCCAGACAGAGUUCCAGAUGCGUCUGCUGUGGGGCUGCCGCGGUUCCGAAGGCAGCCAGCUGGAGCGCUACGAGAAGUUCGACAAGGUCCUCACCGCCCUCUCGCACAAGCUGGAGCCUCCGGUGCGCCACAGCGAGCUAUAGCGGUGAUUUUUUUUUUCAAACAAAGACAACCUUGCAUUCUGCACUUACCACUCCAAAGUGGUCUUGUCUUGCAUGGCAUAAAAGGGGGAACACUGAGGAAUACCGGCGGACCUCCGCGAGUGGCGAGGCAGCUAAACGUACGGCGGGAUGUCACUUUCAACACACUACACUGCAAACUGUAGCACUGCGGACGUCCUCACUUCUCCCGAAAAUGUCCACAAGAGGAGACAAGUGAGUAUGGUGGUCAAUCCUGAGGGUCAAUCUGCAGAGUUUGGCUUUGCUCCGCACACACCGAUGCUUCCCUGCUAUUUCACACCGUCAUAGAAAUGAGUGGUGAUCUUUGAAUUAGAUCAUAAUGAACAUGUCUUUCUUUGUGCGCGUGCGUUUGUGUGUAAGUCAUGUGAACAUUCCUUUAUUUAUGUUUUUUUUUUUUUUUUUUUUUGGAGGAGCUCGAUCCAUUCAGGGCAUUCGCCUACUUUUAUUUCGGGAAUCGGGAAGGAUCCGUAAAAGCUCAAUCCCAUCAAAUAUGUAUCGGCUACUCGUUAAUACAUGCAUCUCAAAUGAAGGAGUAAAAAGUGAAGGCUUUGAGAGUCGUUCAAAACAGUAAUAAAGGACAUAUAAGAUGUUACUUGUGGUAUCAAAUGGUUGACUGCUUAUGUUCAAUGUCAUCUUUCAAGCUCGUGAGUCUGAGAGGGUUGCAACUGACUCUCAGAGCUAUGCAAUCACUUCAGCCAAAGGACGAAACUCAUUUUUAAAAAUAUUUUUGAAGUGUUUUGCCCCCUCCCUCGCCCCUCCCCAUCGCCUUGCUGUCUACCUCCAAAUCCAAGCAUUCUAUAAUAUACUCAAAUGUACAUGUCAGGUAUCGAGCAAGGUGAAUUAAUUCUCAGUCUACUCUGAUCUUUACAUGAGUGUUUGUCUUUUGUGGUCUGAAACACUUGAGUGGUGGGUGGGGGGGGGCGGGGGGGUCACAGCUGAAAGGCCAUGCAAAAAAAAAAAAAAUCCCAUUCUGACCCAGCAGGGGGCAACCUUAAUUCAAACAAGCCCCAAAGUGUGUGUACAGCGUAUCGCGUGUGUUGUCAUCCGCUCAAGCUGAUGAUGGAAGAAAGAUUUUAUGUGUGUUUUUAUUGAUUCUUGCUUUGGAUACUGAACGGUGAACGGGGAAAGGACAGGUUUUUGUUGUUUGCUUUGUUUUUUUUUCUACAUAAUUGUAAAUAACGAUUCACUCUUUUUCAAAUAAAACGAUUGCUUGUGUCACAGA